UUUACUAGAUUUUAGGACAAAAAAUUACUAGCCUUAUAAAAACGUUAUUUCAAAUAAUAUACUGUUACAAAUUUAUUUUAAUAAAAUAUUUUCAACCCUUCAAAUUAAUUGGUUUUUCCUAAUGCUCACACGAUUACAUUAAUAAAAAGCACCAUAUUUCAAGCAUGUUUCAAAUUUUUGUGAAUACUAAGCAAUAAAUAAAAUAUUGAGAUAAGAAUUUGUUUAUACUGAACAUUAGAAUGAUAACUCGCAGUUAUAUAAAGAGCUUGCAUGCUUAAUCACAUGUAUGUAGUUUCUCUUAAACCGUCUGGAAGAAUUGACAUUGAAUAUUCUCACAAAAUGAAGACAUUUGCAAUUAUUUUGAUUCUCGGCUUCGCUUGGCGAGUGAGCAAUGCCUCUAAAUAUGAGAACAUGAAAACGUGCUUAGUCGAAAAUGGAUUUACGGACGAUGAAACUGACUUAGAGCUCAUACGGGCCAUCGGAGAGCCGGAACAUGUCGAUAGAUUGCAGGACGUUUCGAUGGAAAAAAUGGCUGGCGUUAUGGCUUGCCUGUUUGAAAAACAACAAGGAAAUGGAAAUUUAAAUAAUGCCCUUGAAAGUCUUGUAGGAAGAGAUGAUAAGGCGACAGAAGAAGAAAAGAGAAAGAUGCUGGAAACGCUGAAAACUUGCAACACAAAUGCUGCCGGAGAUAAUACUAAACUGCUAAGCUGUCUUAACAUUAUGGCUCCUCCGUUUGACGUUCUCAUAGCUAGUAUUCGUGAUUUUGAUGAAUCUGUUGCUGUUUGUUUCCCUAAGUGCGAAAUUACGAUUGGGGAAAUGUACAAAAUGGAAGAGAACAAAAGUAAGGUGAAAGGGCUGUUGGAAAUUGUUAACGAACAGAAAUUGGCUUGCUUUAUGGCAUGCAUAGUCGAAGAGGAGGAAAAGAAUCGAAAAAGUCCACAUUUUUUGAAGGCACUGACGGACCUUAUUAAUAAAAGCGAAGAACAUGACGAAAAUCAGAAGAAAGAAAUGUUGGAAACUGUUGAUAAGUGCAAUGCACAAGUUGCAGAAGUUAAAGACAAAACUUACCGAAUAAUCAAAUGCGUCAACAUGUUCAAGCCUCCAUUUGUCGAUCUUUAUUGAAGCAAGACGACAAAACGUUGUAACGACAAACAAAUUCUUGAUCUAAAAAUGUUUUUUUUUUUUAAUAUGUGAUAUAUGAAUUCAUUAGAAUAAAAUAAUUUUUCUCUAACGA